CUAAACGUAAUCACGUCUAUAUGCUGCGCCGGAACUCCCUCCUCGCCGAUCUGCGUGAAAUUGGAAGUGAAAUGGUUCCUCCCGUGCAAGUUUCGCCCCUAAUUAAGACAGCAAGGUGGUCAGCCCUGCUGGUCGGGAUUAUCUAUGGAAAGAGGAGAUAUGACUACCUUAAGCCCAUUGCAGAAGAGGAGAGGAGGAUUGAGGAAGAGGAGAAGAAGGUGCGUGAGGAGAAAGAACGCAUUGCAAAGCAGCUGGCAGAAGCCAAUGAAGACACUAUCCUGAAAUGAAUUGCCACUGGAAGUCAAUAAUUGGUAUCUGAAUAAUAAAUGUUUGUGCAUCUUCCUUACAUUUUGGAAGUCUUUCUUAGAUGUCUGUAAUUAUAUUUAUAUUCAAUGGGCCUAUUAUGUAGUUGUGAAAAAGGAAAAUCUGAAAAGAUCUUCUGCAUAGAGUAUAGGACAGUGUACUCUGUUUCUCCCUUCAUAGAUGCUGCACCAACUUCUCAGUGGGAAAGCUUGAAAGCUACAACAUGCAUUUCAUGCUCUAGGUGCUGUUUGUUUCCCUCAGUGAGUCCAAAGCCAAUCUUGGUGAUGAUUGUGAAGUGUAUGGUCAAACUAAUGCUUUGAAAAAGAAAAAUAAGGCUUUCCAUCUUUUCCCAUGUUCAGAUGUCUUAUGUACUCUGCAUUUCUCCACUUUGGAAUGUAAAUAUGAUUGUGGUAAAUAAGGUUUGUCUGAGCACCUUUAGUUGUGGCAGUGUGGUGCAGUAGUAAGGAGCUGAGUUUGCACUCAAUGCUGUUGUACCCUUGUGGCAAGACGCUUAAACCAGAUGCAUCAGCAAAGGUCUAACCAUAUAAGUUGAUAUCAUGUAAAACCGUAAGACAUGCAAGUCGCUGUGUAUAAGAGCUAAGAAAAUGGAAUGUAACCUAUUAUAAUGGAAGGUGUACCCAAAACUUCAGUUAUUUUGAAAGAAAUUCUAAAGCUACAGGACAUGACCAAUCAAAAAUAAAGACUUGGAUCAAAUUUUUUG